CAUAACAAAAUAUCUGAUAAUCCUAGUCCAGAUUCUAUUUUUGAUACUGAUUCUAUCUCUAAUGAUAAGUUAUCAAAAAAAAAAGAAUUUUGGUGGUAUAGAGAAGAUGAAGCCGUGAAUUAUCGAACGCCUUUGAUGUUUCCUGAUGAUAGCGGACACAUAACAGAAUAUUUGCAAAUUAGAAUAUCAAGAACUAAAUUUUUGGAUGUCAAGAAGGAGAAUGAUGCACGUGUUGAAAAUAUCAUUCGAGAAAAUCUUACAACAGAAGAUAUAUUAGCGGAUCCGGGUGGUGCAGGUAAAUCGGGGAUAGUAUUUGAGCUUUUAACAAGUAAUUAUAUGUCAAGCCAAAAAAACAAAAAUCAGGUUCUAAUUGGUGGAAUGGAGGAUGUUGAGCAAAAACACAAAGGAUUUAUUCCAUUUCUAGCUAAAUAUGUAUUUAUGAUAUCUUAUAAGCCUCUGGAAGAAGCUUUUAAUUUUUGCCGUAACCAUAUUAAUGAUAAAUCAUUUACUCAACAAGAUUGGGAUCAGUUUUAUCGUCGUCUUGAUUUUAUAAUUGAGUUCACAGAGAAGUAG